CAGGAGGACAGAAAGCAGACGUGGACAUGAGCGAAAGAAGAAGCCCAGUUACUCUGAAAAUAAUCCUCAUAGGAAACUCCGGGGUGGGAAAAUCCUCCUUCAUGAACAGAUAUGUGAAUCAUCGCUUCACCAACAUGUACCGUGCCACCAUAGGGACCGACUUCCUGUCCAAAACAGUGAACAUAGAUGGGGACACAGUCACAAUGCAGAUCUGGGACACAGCGGGCACAGAGAGGUUCCAGUCUCUUGGCACCCCUCUGUACAGAGGAGUCCACUGCUGCAUGCUGGUGUUUGAUGUCACAUUCAAGUCCAGUUUCUCUGCUCUGGAGCAGUGGAGGAAGGAGUUUCUGCUCCAGGGAGAGCCCAUGGACCCAUCUGACUUCCCCUUCAUUGUAGUGGGGAACAAAUCUGACCUGAGCAACCGGGAGGUGUCUCACAAAAAGGCCCUGCAGUGGUGUGAGGAAAUAGGAGCAGAGUACUUCGAAGGCAGCGCCAAAGAGGAUCUAGAUGUGGAGAAGCCGUUCCUGAGAGCGGCACAGAACGGAUUACAACAGAUACAUUACUCCCUACAGUACAAAAAACACACAUUGGAAAAUACAGGACAUUUCCAGAUAACCUGCGAACAGCUGAGAGAAACUCGCAACAACUGUCAGUGCUGAGAGAGCAGCACUCAUCCCAGUGUGGGAGGGAAAGUUCAGAGACACCUCGGCACUGCUGAUGAUGACCUAUCUAACGAGGGUGCAAAAAGAGUGACCCAGCAAAGGUACUGUGGAAGGAAAGGACACAAUUGUAUACCACAUGGAGAGAGGAACAAACUCAUUAAAUGUUUUUUUUUUUGAGAACCUUCAGCUUAUGGUCUAACUUAAGGCAUCACUACUAAAAUACACUGCUUUUGCAUGCAUGUCUAGUUUUGUUCAACAGACACACUGACACGCACAAAAUUAUGAAUGCAUAUGAAGAGAAAGUUCAUUUCUAGAAAGAAAUCGGGAAAGAAAAACCCACAAACAUGAAGCCAAAAGGUGCGAGCCGGAGAAAAGGCGGCAAGCGAAACCUUUGGCUCGGAUCUUCCUGGCCGUUACCAUCACAACUGAAUCCGCCCUUACAAAGUAGAUAUACACUCAUGUCCAGUCAGACACCUCCUCCCUGUACAAGUAUGUGUUGUAAUGACUCUAGCAGUGAUUCAGACUCCUACAGUGAAUCAGCUCGACAAAAGCAAAUUAGAACAAUCAGGGAGACUAUAUAUAUUUAUAUAUAUAUAUAUUUGUUUCUUUUAUAAGUAAAGACACAAAAGGCAAUCAAGAGAUGACCAACAUGUAAAAACGGUUUGUUACAGGUAAUUAUAUAAAAGGCCAAGAUGUUUUUUUUUGUUGUUGUUUUGUUUGUUUUAUUCUUGCUCUAUGAACGAACUA